AUGACAUGGUACAAGAGUUUACCCGAUGAAUCCAUCACAUCAUGGAAAGUGCUCGGAAAGCUUUUCUCCAGGCACUUCACGGCCUCCCGAAGACACCCGAAGUCGGAAGCCUCCCUAGAAGCCAUCAUCCAGGGGAAAGACGAAUCCCUCCGAGCCUACAUAGAAAGGUUCAACAAAGAGGCCGCGCAGGUGUCCACAACCGCCCACUUGAAGAAGUUCUUGCUCGAACAGGGUCUCCGACCACGUUCAGAUUUCGCCAAAGCCGUCGGGAUCGAGACGCCCGCCACUCUGGACGAAUUCUUCCUCAAGGCCCAAGCAUACAUACAAUACAAAGAAAAAGAAACUGCUCACGCGGUCCGCAACUCCAGACAGGAAGAGAAUACUAAAGGUUCCCGUUAA